UAUAUUAUAAGGUACUGCUUUUGCUUUAGUCGUGUUUAACAGUAGCCGAAAUUGUUUUUAUUAACAAUAUAAAAAAAACAUAUAAUUUCCCAGAGGAAAAAUAUCAGGAGAGGAGAUAGAGAGCAUGGGAUGGGAUGGGACUCAAUGAUGAGGAUAACGUAGAGACGUGAUAUGGUUAUAUAAGCUGACGUCACUCUCAAACCGCGAUUCAAGGAUCUUUCCUCUGUUUUUAUUUUUGUCUUCUGUGUAUAUAUACACACAUAAGAGUAUCAAUGUCUACGGCUUCUUGGAUUCAGCCUCCUUGUAGAUACUACUCACCAGAUCGUCGUGGUGGUGGUUUCGCUAAGCCAAGCUGUAGCAGAGCAAGGCAGUUUCCCGGCGUCGUUUCUUCUUCAUCGUGCUCUUGUGGCUAUUCCGAGAUUUUGAAUUUUGAUUUCGGGUCUAGCAGAAGCUGGAACCAUCAGGGACUCAGAGUUCAAGCAAUGAGUGCCACUGCCCAACGGAAAUUUUCGCUAUCUAAAGGUGACGCCGAUGAGAAAGUUGAACCUGAUCACCUUCUUGUUCUUGUACACGGUAUCUUGGCCAGUCCUAGCGACUGGCUCUACGUAGAAGCUGAGAUGAAAAGACGCCUUGGAAGAAGAUUCUUGAUUUAUGCAAGUUCUUCAAAUACCUUCACUAAAACGUUUGGCGGGAUCGAUGGAGCUGGGAAACGAUUAGCAGAAGAGGUUAGGCAAGUUAUCCAAAAGAGCAAGAGCUUAAAGAAGAUUUCCUUCUUAGCCCACUCCCUCGGCGGCUUAUUUGCCAGACAUGCUGUUGCUGUUCUUUACUCGGCACCAGCCAGUGAUGGUGCUGCUGUCUCUAACUCCGGGAAUUCACAUCUUCCGCGAGGUCUGCUUGCUGGGCUAGAGCCGAUUAAUUUCAUCACCUUGGCAACACCUCAUCUAGGAGUCAGAGGCAGAAAGCAGCUGCCUUUCUUGUUGGGAGUUCCUAUAUUAGAAAGACUCGCUGCACCAUUAGCUCCAUUCGUUGUUGGUCGGACUGGUAGCCAGUUGUUUCUUACUGAUGGUAAAGCUGAUAAACCACCUCUUCUAUUGAGAAUGGCGUCUGAUUGUGAAGAUCUGAAAUUCUUAUCGUCCUUGGGGUCGUUCCGAAGCCGCAUCGUGUAUGCAAACGUAUCUUAUGACCACAUGGUUGGUUGGCGUACAUCUUCCAUAAGGAGAGAAACUGAACUUUUCAAGCCUCCACGCCGGUCACUAGAUGGAUACAAGCAUGUUGUUGAUGUUGAAUACUGCCCUCCUGUUUCGUCGGAUGGAGCUCAUUUUCCUCCAGAAGCUGCUAAAGCCAAGGAAGCCGCACAAAGCUCGCCUAGUCCUCAGAACACACUCGAGUAUCAUGAAAUAGUGGAAGAUGAGAUGAUCCGUGGCCUGCAGACUUUAGGGUGGAAGAAAGUUGAUGUCAGCUUCCACUCCACCUUCUGGCCUUACUUAGCUCAUAACAACAUUCACGUGAAAAGUGAAAGGCUCUAUAAAGCAGGAGCUGGAGUUGUUGCGCAUGUUGCAGAUAGCAUAAAACAGCAAGAGACGUCCACGUUCAUCACUGCCAGCUUAUAGACUGUGUAAAGUCGUCGAGUGUUUAACCGGUUGAUGUUGAUUUCCGGUUGCUUUUCUAUGAACCAUUUCUGUGUUUUUUUUACUAUACAGUUUGGGAGAUUGGUCCGGAUUAAGAACUUUCAGUCUUACUUUUUCCUUUUUCCAGUUCGUCUGUACAUUAUUUUCUUGUAUUACCUUGGUGAUUUUACAACACUUGAAAGUUGGUAUAGAAAUAUACAUAUUUUUGUUCCAAUUUAAAA